UGAAAGUCGCAGGGUUGGGGAGAUGUAGCCUACUUCGAGGCCAAAUGCCUACUUAUAUAAUACGACAAAACAUUUGCCGAUAUACCUAGCUUCCUAGAAUAGGAAAUUCCGAAGAAUAACAAACUUUUAAAGUAUCCAAUUCUCCUAAAUGUAAAGCAUUUAGAGUUUUAUGUUCUUUGCUAUGGCUACAGUCGGUUUGAAUGAUAAUCUUACUUUGGUAAAAUAAGUCAAAAGAUAAACGAGAGCUGUCAGUUAUGCGAGCGGUGGCCAGGAACAAUGCACAAUAGCUGUAAAUUUGAUACGCGAAAGCAUUGGGACAUCCAUUUACAUGAGUUAUAAACAUCGGUGGGCGCAACUGAUAAAUCAAGAUGCAACUGAAUCAGCUAUCAUUCCACACAUCAAUACGUCAUGAGAUAUUGCGUCCUGGUUUUCUUCGUUACGUUCGUCAUAAAUGCCUUGGAUGAGACAGAGCAUGGAACAUUUUCACAGCAAAUCAUCAGAUAUGGGAACAAAAGUAGCGAACCUCAGAAGGCCAACGACUUUUCCACGAACGUGGAAUACAACCGACUCGGCAACUACAGCAGCAUUGCUGACUUGCUUCGCAGUCGCGGCUAUGACGUGUUCGAGCCCGGAGACUCCAUGCCCGUGGUGCUGUUUGGUAAAGAUAUCGCCGUGUCAGCUUCUCAGAUUCUUCCGGAACUUAUGGGUCCUACUGAGCGUGGAACUUCUAAUAUCAUACAUGCCACAUGGAGGAGCAAAAAAGGUGAGACCGUUGUGCAUUACUUCUAUGACGAGGGAAGCCACCCAAAUGUUCAACUUUUUGAACAAGCAGCACGUACUUGGGCCGCGCAUACUUGCAUCAGUUUUGAGAAGACAGAUCAAACAAAUUGCUCGGAUACAGUAUUUUAUCCGUCGUUCUGCGUCGGAAACUUUAAAGGGUGUUGGUCUUUCGUGGGGAAAAGUGGUUGGGGAGGUGAGAAGACAGGAAAAGGCAAGGCACAACGGCUCUCAGUGGACAACAACUGUGAACUUGACGCCUGUAUCCAUGAGUUCGGACACGGGCUUGGAUUUCAACACCAGCAAAGUCGACCGGAUCGAGAUGCGUUUUUAUCGAUCAACUGGGAAAAUUUCAAGGUUAGUGGUGGAAGCGGAAAAGGAUGGGAGAAAUCUUUGAGAAAUACAUGGAUGCAAGGGACCAUGUGCAGUGAGCGACAGGUGGCGGAUAUUCCCACCCCCUUCGACUACCUAUCCGUGAUGCAGUACGGGUCAUUUUCGUUCGUCGAUAACGACAUUCGAGCGACGUUUGUCACCAAAAACGAACUGUACCAAUGGAUGCUCGACUACCACAGAGAUCGGGGAAUGGGACCGUCGCACUACGACUAUCUUGUGAUAAACACUUCCUAUAAAUGCAUCGACGCCUGGAAGAAGGCUUGUCAAGAAAAUAACCAAACUGUACCGAAAUGUGAAAAUUUUGGGUAUCUGACAAAGAGCUGUACCUGCAAGUGUCCCACAGGAUAUACUGGUUCUACGUGCAAGAAUUCCACCGGUCCUAUAUUUCCCAGACUGGAAAAGGCAGAAUGCUUUAUCCAGUGGAAUUAUCCAGGCAUUAUUGACAUGGCUAAUAUGGAUUUCGAUUUUAGAAAGCGUUCCUAUGCAAAUAGGCGAUUUAAUUACAUGCAGUUUUGUACGAUAGUUGUCGAUACUAAGAGAGAAGAUCAGAGGCCCAUCAUUUGGUUAGAUCCAAGCGAGCUGAUGGUGAAAAGACGAAAGUUAAUCGACCUACUACAUCAGACUGAGUUUGUGACCCACGUCCUUCCACAGUUUUACUUAUUUGACUGUCGAUUAUUUUACAAGCUGUUUUGGACUAGUGACACGAACAAUCGCAAACGAACCGAAUGUUUCUCAUCUAUUUUUAACGUCGGAUCCAAAGUUACGAAGGAGAAAAUGCUUACCUUGCGUUCGAAGCAGCACAUACUUUGGAUGUACUUCAAUGUGGUGUACCAGUGGUCGCAUCCCGCCACUGAAUUUCUGGAGGCAGCGAUGAAGCUAAAGCUGCAAGUGAAGUUCGAGCCGAUUCCGCAGCGAGAGCUGUACCGGGCCGAUGAUUUCGUCGAGGGCCCAGAAACAACGAUGGGCCCGACGGGGCUGCCUCCCACCAUCCCGCCGGAGCUGCGCUUCGAGACGACCACGCCAAACAUCCUCGGCAUACCCCUGCCGAUGAUCUUCCAACAUGAGGAGAACCCGCGCCUGGUCUUCUUCGGCUGGCUCCUGAUCGGCGUCGGCGCUCUGUUCUUCAUGUUCUUCCUGGGCGUCUGCGUGAGUGAGCAGCUCCAGCUGCGCGAGAUCCUGCGCUCGGCAGACCGUCAGGCGGCACUGAACGAGAGCCAGCUGCUGGCCAGCGGCUGGGUCAUGCUGCGGGGUGUCGAUGUCGACAGCGAGGUGAAGCAGGCGCGCGCAGAUCGGCGCGCGCGGACCUCACUGGCCGCCGCACUCUUCGAGGACUCGGACUCGGACUCCGACGACGCCGGACGAAAGAAACGAAUGAUGCAGGAGAAGGCCAGGAAGGCUCAGGCAAAGAAAGGAAAGAAUGCUAAAGGAAAGGGAAUAAAGACAAGAGUCCAACUAAUGAAGGAAAGAGCUGCUGCCGAAGAUUCAUCCAGCAGUUCUGAGGAAGAGCAGCCGGCCAAGAAGGUGACAAAACCAAAACCAAAACCGGUGAAAGAUAAAAAGGAACCCGAAAGAAGAAAGUCAAUAUUCACACCGCAGAAGAAAGAGGAGGAGAAGCAUGACAAUAAGUUGAUGUGGUUGAUGGCCUCAAAAGGUAAAGAUGACGAUGAGGAUUCCUCAUCAUACAGCGAUUCUCCAGACUGCGCUGAUAAGGGAAGAAGGAAGUCACACCUCCCGAACAUACAUUUGGGGAAAAAACCUCCAGAGGAGGAGCGGCCAAAACGGUGGUUUGAGCGGUAGUGUUUGCUAUUUUUCUACCCACAGCACCUGAGAGGGUUACGCCACGACCUGCCAGUGACAAUUGCUUUGUAUGUUAUAAUUCAAUGUGGGUGAACCCGCCGGUAAAUAGUAAUGCGCGUCGAUAUAACUAAUAUGCCGUUGUUGAUCCUCCCGAGGAUAAAUAUAAUUUCCCUGCACAUAAAAAGGACGUGUUGAUUUAUACUCAUCCCGGGACGUAAGGUAAAUGCAUAGCGCUGUUGUAACUGAUUGCGAAAUAUGUGCUCUGUAAUACAACAAAAGCGAUACGAAUCAACGAA